GUAGGUUAGGAGGAUCCAAGUCCUGUGCACUCCAGCCACACGCCCCACGCGAACGCCACGAGAGCAACACACAAACAACACUGUCGGCCUGUCAACUUUUACAACAACAACAGUGCCUUUUUUAAAGCGAUGGAUAACACCAUUGCAACUGCACAGAUCAUGCAAAGUGCAUACAGUUUUGGACUUGAGAGCCGUGGUGUUGUUGCCAUACAAGCCUCCACACAGGAGUGUGGUGGAGGCUCCAUGCUCCCCUCUUUCAAUAGCAAGAGCAAGGUGAUGAAGAGGCAGCGAUCCAGCUCGCCAGAGCUGCUGAGGUGCAAGAGGAGACUAAGCUUUAACGGGCUCGGAUACACAAUCCCACAGCAGCAACCUGUAGCGGUGGCAAGGCGGAAUGAAAGGGAGAGGAAUCGAGUGAAGCUGGUAAACAUGGGCUUCCAGACCCUCCGCCAACACGUUCCAAACGGGGCUGCCAACAAGAAGAUGAGUAAAGUGGAGACACUGAGGUCGGCAGUGGAGUAUAUCAGAGCCUUGCAGCAGCUUCUGGACGAGCACGAUGCGGUGUCAGCGGCUUUCCAGUGCGGGGUACCCUCCCCGACCAUAUCCACAAGCUACUCCGCAGACCCUGGGUCUCCCCAUUCCAUCUACUCGUCAGAUGAGGGGAGUUACGAGCAUCUCAGUUCGGAAGAGCAGGAACUACUAGAUUUCACCACUUGGUUUGACAGAUACUAAUCAGAAGUUGAAAGUUGCGAUUUGGAAUGAAUUCAACCGGAGUUACCUCUUGAGAAUCACCGCUGUUUCCAUGUUACAGAUGGGUCUGUAUCCACUACCUAGCCACACUGUCAGCCUUCGAGUCGUGUCAGACAGACUUGCAGCUCGCCGGGAUUCUUUGAACAUGCUUCCAAGACACAAGCCUGUGGACUUAUUAAAAAUAAAUAAAUAAAUAAAUAAAUAAAAC